UGAGUAUGCCCGAGAUCUAAGGAGACCACAAAUAAUUUAGUUUAUGUCCGUUAUCCGUGAGUUCGAAAGAUGCAAGCCUUGAUUUAGCUGCUAAUAUUUUUUCUGACCGUGUCUUUUUAAAGGGUUUUAUAUGCGCGAAGUAUCCCUCGAUCGGAUUGCACGGUGGGACGUGGAUGGCGAGUUACGCACUGAAGUUCAUGGUUGUACUUGGUUUCGCUAACCCGGGCUGUCAUUGGACAGAGUUUGGGUCUCUCCCAUUUGACCUGGAACCCCUCCACGACCCCGCUGCUGAAUCGAACAGUUAGCUUUCCCUGACCAAGCUCUGCUUCAAUUAACUUGUCGGAAGUCUCUGUUCCAUAUAUGCAUAUAUGAGAUGGAUGCUCUGGUAACGUUCGGCGCUGUCUUCACCAGUACAGGCAACUUCAGUCUGUCCAGUCUACUCACGAUUAUCUACAGCCUGUUCUUGAAGCCUUAUUUGGCGCCGCUGACAGUGAACAUCACCCUCAUCAGUCAAUCCACUGAUUUCGCCCCGACUGCUGCAGAAAUUGAUGCUUUUCUAAGAGAACAGUUCGGAGAGGAAUCUAACAAGUGGAGGUGUACUCUUACGGUGAAGCUUAACCGCUAUAACGGCCCCGCCAGGAAUGCUUUCCACGCAACCCUCCAGCACACUAGUACUCCCCAUGAGAGCCCACUACGGGAGCUUGCUGUCCGAUCACUUUGCGGGAAACUAGUCGGUAUACACAGCGCCGAUGAGUGUACCUUUCGAGUCCUUCCAGUGCAUGCCCGAGAACAGAUGGAUGAAGUGGAUAAAGCUUUUGGCAGUAGCCUCCUUUUAAUGCAACUCAAGGAAUUCUAUAACGGACAGCAUGGGACCAGAAAUGAUGACUGGAUUGCGCCAGAGAACGACUGGAUGCGAUAUAUUUUCGAGGCCUUGGAAGUGUUUACGGACGGAUAUAACAUAUUUUCGGAAUUUUUGACAAACGAGGAGAUCCUCGAAAUUCUUGAUAUUUGCGGUGUCAUUAAUGAUCCUCGGAUGCGGUUACUGGGAGAAGUUCUUCUCAGAAUACUCAAGGCUUGCAGGGAUAGAUCUGAAAAGGAUUUGAAGACACCCUGAAAAAGUUCGAUAUGCGGGAGAAGGUUGAGCUGAUCCAACGGUCAUUCCACCCUGUUGUAGAAUUCGGGAAAGAUUUCAGUGUUAUUCUCCAAAACAUGGAUGACCGCGGCUCUCCUGACAACGAAAUGGAAGAGCUAUCGAAGUCUCUUCUUCGGGUUAAGGCAUGCCUUGUACCUUUCCGCGGAGUUCUAGGUGUCGUCAUGACCGAAUUAGCUGAACAGAAAAGUCGUUAUAUGACAUGGGGAUUUAUCUCAUGGGCAGCCUAUCUGCCGUCCUUUGUUCUUGCCUGGCCUCUUGCGAUAGUU